AUGCCCGAUAUCUGCAAGCAUGGGAAUCAGAGCCUAGGCGCUCUGUUUGGUGAAGCGGCAGUAUACGCGCCUGUAGUUAUUCCAGGCAGUUAUAUUGGGCAGCAGGAUCACCAAAGAGCUUGCAACCACUGUGCCAACAUGAUGCUUUCUUCUUAUUCCCCCUUGAUCUCUUUGUCCAAAGAAGAGCAACAAAUACGCCCUGGAUCAAAACGUCCAAUAUCGCCGCAGCUGGUCUUUCAUUCUGUUGCAACCCCUCAGUCAUCUCCCUCUGAGCCCAUCUUUGCCACUGAUACUGCAAUCACGCCUACAUUUCAACAUGGCGGAUCUAGUCCACAACUCGCUAAAACAUCUGAUGUUUUCUACAGGGACACGAUGCUUCACAAUAAUCAACUGGGUUUUAAUGAUGAUAUCCCUCGAAUCGAACCUGAAACUCAACCUUGGAGCUCGAUCCAGUCAACAUCCAGUGACCAUUGUGUUCCUUCUAGAAUUGUGGUUCUCGCUCGGCAGCAGGUGCGGACACUUCCUCUUGUCUCCACGACUUUUUUAGACGAUUCGAGUGCCAAAGAUGCCUCGUUUGAAACUGGAAAAGGGCUCCAGCCUUUGCACUUCUCCUUGAAUCUAUCCAAAGCCUCAAAAUCUCUGACGUCCGCCUCCUUAUCGAGCCUUGAGAAUGAACCCAGGCCUGCUCAUUCAAUUGUUACUUGGCAUGGACGACAGGCAAAACAAAGGCCUUCUCUACCUAGCAACUUUGCUUUAUACGAAAAAAGAAUAUUAUCCCACAACCAAGCUACUGGAUCUUUGCAAACGCAACUCUGUGACAUGUUCGAUUCUCAGAGAAUUCAAUUGCCACAUAUAAGCACUGCUAAUCCCGACGUCAGCUCGACAGUAUCCUGCCCCCUAACUACUCUACCUUCUGAUCGCAUAAUUCAGAGGCCUCUUACGUGCCACCAACAAUCCUGCCCACCGGAUGCGAUUAAACUGCAUCCUGCUCUCCCAUCCCAUUGCCUCUCUGGAUCAGAGUGGUGUCAGUUAAUCCAGAUCUGGCUAUGGUUGAGUGCCACCUGCUCGAUUAAACCUUCCGAGCCUGUUCCAGGCUUGCCAGGAAAUCAGGCUGUUUUUACAUACAGCGCCUCUACGGCUCCGGGCGCCUCGCCGAUUGCCCAAUUGUGGAAGUACGGGGCCCGAUCUUCUGUCGCAUUAAGCCAGACAAAGGCAAAAGGCAAGGAUCCUUCUAGAAGGUGCACUGGAAGAGAGCUUGUGGACAGAAUGGUGGCUCACCGACCUGAAUGUGGUGGCUCCAGGUGGACUUAA